AUGGAUCCCCGGCAAAAUGGUCGCCUUGCCCGCUGGGCGGGGUUAUCGCUCUGCUGCCUGUUGCUCCUCCUGUUUAACGCUCUGUCUCCCUGCGGGGAGGGCCGCGUCAGAUGGAGAAGUCUCGGAGAGCAAAGCGGCAUCGGGACAAACGCAUGCAGCAACAUCAUCCCGUUUUACCUGAACAGUCAUAAUUUUUUUAACCCCCUGCGGGAAAUCAACUGCUCAAAUAAUUUCUCCCUAAGGUGGAACAUCAACUACGUGUAUUUCGAAUUUCUCAACGAAGAGUUUUUCAUAAACUUUCACCUCCACAGUUUGUUCGUCAAGGAGGUGCAGCUGUACGAGUACCGAGAGAGGAGCAUUUUACUUUUGAAGAAGGAGGCCUCGCAUGAUGAAGUGAAAUUUCUUAUUCGUGUUGAACCGGAUGGAAGUGUCCACCCGGGGGAAAUGAGAACUUUUUAUUUUGUCAUUCAGGCGGGGGGGGGCCCAAAUUUCAGCGCGUGUGUGAAUGUAAUGCUGGAGUUGAAUGUCGGCCUGGUGAGGAGGUACCACGGGGGGGCCGCGGUUGGUCAGCUGAGUAGUGGCGAAACGGUCGAUGUGGUGAAACACACCAAUGCGGUGAAACACGCCAAUGUGGUGAAAGGCCUCUACUCUGAUAGACCCAUCGUGGAGGAGAAAAAGAGCAAACUGCCGGCGCACCACAAAAAUUACAUCAUCGUGAAGGACAACUACUACUACGCUUCGAGUGAGGACUACUACGUUCGGUUCGAAUGGGAGAAGGAGGAGUCCCAUGCCGAUCUGCCAUCGAACCGAGCAGUGGUCGUCUACACAGUCCUGUUGUUCACCCAAUUUAGGGAACACGGCAGUAUAAGCUUCUACUCCAGUUUAACAGAAGAUAUAACGAAAGAGAAAAACUUCCACAUGAAUUUGAAGAAGUUAUCGUUGGGGAAGAGCUAUCUCAACAACAUGACUGUUAAUAACAUUUUGAGGUUGGCUCAUCUGGAUAAGGAGUGCUCCAGGGGGUGUGUCAACAGUGUGAGGGCAAAAAAUGGAUUGUUCCUGCACGCCCUGCUGGAGAAUAACUCCGUGUACAAAUUUGAGGUCAAGUACGUUAGGGGGAGGGGGUCCCCAGGGGGGCUAGCCAUUACCCCCGAUGGGGCUCAUUUCAGCAUGGAGUUUUCCAUCGUGAGGAAUGCAGCGGAGUACACCAUGGUGGACUUCAUCCGGGAGCACUUCACCAGGGAGUGCAUGCACAAUACGUUCUUCCCGAGUGGGAUCGUGCAAACGGGGGGAGGCGGCGAAGAAAGCGGUGGAAGCAGGGAGAAGCCCCCCGUCCAGGGAUACCCACCAAAAGGGUGCCCAAACGAUUCGACGCAGAAUUGCACCGCCGCUAACACGGCUAACCCCGCUAACCCGAGUGACCAAUUCGUCAUAUACGGCCGGAUGAUCGAGCUGAACGAUAACUUCAUUUUCAAUUUUGACCCGAUUAAGUUGUUCGAGCAGGAAAAGCAAGUGAGCAUAACCAUCGCUGAGGAGAGUCUCUUCAAUUUGGUUGUUACAUCCAAGGCGGAUAGCGUGUACCUCAAUUUGCUUAAAAGGGAUUCGCCCCACACGGAGAAGGUCUGCAACACGUAUUACUUGAAUAACCUAAACGAUUACACUCUCUUUAACUACAUGGCGAAGGAGAUGGAUCACUUCCCCCAUGUGCAUGUCAACAAGACGUUUGAGGGGGACUACACAGAUGGUAAUUAUACAGAUGGGGAGCUGCUGCGGAGGAAGAAGUUCCCGCUCCACAGUGUGGCCUACAUAAACUGCACCCUGCCCAAGGGGGACUACCAUUUGAGGAUAACCGUCGAUGGGUAUAACCUGAUCUGCGAUUCGAACGAAGUCAGUUUGACCAUUUACCCCUUGAGCCUGUACGAGGAAAAACACAAAUGCGAUAGCAGCAUGAAUGUGGUGACGGAUUUGUUUUACUACCACUUGAGGGCGGAGAGUAAGAAGCACCGGGAGGAGUACACCAAUUUGAUUAGCCCACCUAAUGGGGAGAGUGCCGCCACUGUGGAAGGACUCUCCAAAUGGGCAGACCACCUCGACACAGAUGUGAAGACGUACCAGAAUAUCUACGAAAACAGGUGGGUGCUGAACAACCCGAUAUUUCAAGACUUCGAUUUUGUGAUUCUGUACGAGAGGCACAUCACGGAGAGGGUGGACGAGCUGCUCGUCACGAUAAAUAACUCCGUCUUCGUGGACCUCUUCUUUGUCAUUGUGGAACCUAUCAUGGGGAAAAACUCCUACUAUUACGUCUACAGAAAUUCUAGGACCGUUUCUAAGUAUACGGCUCAACAUGGGGACCUCCCCUUCACCAUUUAUCUGAUCGCCUCCACCAUGCACUACCCGGGGAAGCAGCUGUGCGGUUUUUUCUUCGUCGACAUUGACCUGGUGACCAAGGCGAAGUUAACAUGGGAGGAGGAGGAGAAACAACCAGAGGAGGUAGGACUCACAACCGCUGCUCACAACAUGAUUAGCCGGGUCAACUACAUCCCAGAUUUGAUCAUCGGCUACGACUCCUACUCAUUCAGCAACUUUUGCUUCAUCCCAAAGUAUAAGAAGCAUAGCCUCAUCAUCUACGUAAAGGAAGGCUCCAUUGUCAAAAUAAAUUGCUUCAGCGAGAAUUAUGUGUAUAUUUACCUGUACGAUCAGAACAAGAGGAAGCUCUACGAUGGGUACAACCAGCUGUACAUCGAGUCCUUCACGAAGGGGGAGUACGAAAUUGUCUUCGAGUUUAACGCGCCCAACGACCGCAAGGACAACGCGUUUUUCUACCUCCAGGUGUACGUCUUCCACUUGAGUCUGCUGGAGAGGUGCGCCGCAGGGGCGGCGGGGGGAGCGGCGUGGGAAGCGGCGGGAACAGGAAAAGGUAUGGACACAGGCACCGGCACAAGCAUCGCCAAUGACACCGCCAAUAGCAUCGCCAAUGACACCGCCAAUAGCACCGCCAAAGGAACCGCCAAUGGUUCCCAAAGUGCGGAGGCGCCCCCCGCGGGAACCUCGCCCAACGCACAGGACGUGUACGACCUGAGCUCCUACGUCGAAGCGAGUCGGCCGGAUCUCCCCACGGAUGCUAACGAAACCCAAGUGAAGGAAAAGAACACUUUCUGGUUUCAAGCCCCAAACGCGUACUACCUAUUCAAGAGGGACUUCCUACUGCUCCAUCCGAACAAAAGGAUUGUAAAGGAGGUGAUCCUCCCCCACGUGCCCAGCAUGGACCCCGCAGCUACCUUCCUCCUGAAGGUAGAACUCAUUUUUGCAAAGAAUUAUUUGCCCUAUAAGUUGGCCAUCCAGGACACGUCCAACAGUAAACUGCAGUACCAUGAUAGUUACACCUACAAGAAUAAAAUUCUGAUGACUCUUCCCGUGGUGAAUGGCGGCCCCCCGGUGGGCAACAACUCCACGGGGGAGACCUCCCAGCGGGGGAAGCUCUUCAAGCUGUAUGUGGACCUGUACGAAGAGGUGAACGACGAUUUAAGGAACAACUUUUGCACGUACGCCUACCUGCAUAUUAUCUACACGAGCGAGAUGGAGGCCUUUCGGCAGUGGGGCGAGCAGGGCCUGUCCUACGCCACGGUGAACUUGCCCCUCCUGCUGAAUAACCUGCUUAUAAAGGGUCCCCCCGGCGUGGGGGAAGCUGCCAUAGGCGAAGCCGGUGUAGGCAAAGGUGGCGUAAUCGAAGGUGACGAAGCUGGCGAAUCGCCUACCCACAGCAACGAUCGCUCCGCGCUCAUCUCGCUGCGCAACGCCGACCUGCCCGUCGCGAACCAGAGCGCAAACUACACCUUCGAACUGGUCAACAACAAUGUGCUCCUCUUCCUAGCCAGCGAUGACCUCCUUUUUGAUAUGUACAUGUACAGGGAAAACAGAGACAUAAAACUGAGUGUGUACAAAUUUUCAGACACGGAGAGGCUACUCUCCGGGGGAGGAAUCACUUACGAUGAAGUAACGAAGAAAGGGGGUCCCCCAGGAGAAGAAAUUUUUUCCUUCAACCAGAGGCAGAUAUACCUAUCGGUGCAUCUAACCAGGGGUCUGUACAUCUUUGAGUAUGAACGGGGGUCGGGCCCCUUUUUCGCCAACCUGUCUGUGGUGUGGCCGCACGGGGAGGACAUGCCAAGUGGGGGGUACCUCACCGGGGAGGAGGUGGGCUUGCCGAAGAAGGAAGUUGGAGCGAUCCUUCCCAGGGGAGGUGCCCUAUUGAGGGAGGAAGUCCGUUUCCUCUUUGGGAAGGAACCCAAGUGCGGCGGGGAAGCAAAACUGCACCAUGGAGGAGAGAAGCUGCACAAUUUGACCUACUUCUGGCGAGAAAUUAUAAAAAAUGAAAAUUUUAAAAUCCUAGACAAUAGCAUCUCCAGCGUGGAAGUGAAAAAAGGCGAAGCAAAAAAUGCCCUAAUUUAUAAGCGCUUUUAUAUAUGCCUAUCGGACGAAGUGGGGAAGGUCCCCCAAGAGGGGGGACACUCGAAUGAUACGCACAGGAGUAGCCAAACGGUUGAAAAGAAUUACACGCUUUUUAAUUUAAGCAUAGAAGAGAGCGCCCAAGUGUACGUAGAGAUAAAACCCCACUAUCACUUCUUUGCCUACCCAUUCCACCUCAACAUCGUUUCGAAGCGAUCCUUCUUUGACAUCUCCAGUGGGCAUAAAACCGUCAUUACGAUUGACCUGUACAAGGGGGAGUACGAAAUACAUCUGGCCUUUCCAGCCCUGCAGAGGGAGCAAAUAAAAGACGUCAUAUUUGACUUGGUCAUACUGAUUGUGUCGCCCCAAAACGGGGAAGGAGAAGCGGAGAAGUUGGGGAAUGCAAUAACCCAUGUAGGUAACCCUCCUGGAGGGUCCCCCCAAAGUGACGUCUGCAAAACGUACCCAUAUAAACCCCUUCUGAACAAAGUCAAUCUGGUGGACAUCCCCGAAAAUGAUGCGUCAGUGAGGAGGAAUAUAGUCUCCCCGAAGUAUAAAAAUAAAUUUUUUCAUCUUUUUGGAAAAUUUUUCCUCAAAGGGUAUAAGGAAGAAGUCUUCUUUACCAUCCCAAAUGGUGGCUACGUUUUGAAGAUUUUUUGCCUCCCCAUUGAUGAGUCAACGGGUGAAGGUGCCGCCUCGGAGGAGGGGGCAACAAAUCGAAUUGGCGACAUGGGGAGCACCCCCUUUGGGAAUUUCUCAGACCCCCCAACGAACUUUGUAAACUCCUUUUUGAACGUGCGAAAUGUGUUUAAUGUUAGGGUCGUUCUGAACCACUCUGGGGAAGCCAACCAGGAUAGAGAUGGCAGGAAAGAUCCCCCACAGAAUAGCCCCCUUUUUGUUUCACCCCUCUUUGCCAACGAAGAUGAGGAGUUCAUGUUGAACCUGUACCGAGUUGAUAGAAACUUCAAAGUGGUGAUCAAAACGAAUAGCUAUUUGUGUAAUUACUUCCAGCUAGUGGUGAGUCUGUACCCCCUGGACUUCUACAACCCUGUGCACAGCUAUGCGUAUGCCCAGGCGAACUCUGUGGAGAAGUGUAUGAAGAAUAUUUUUGACACCCUAUCUGUUAAGGCGAAACUGUAUGAGGAUAUAAAAUUUGAGCAGAAGAAAUUCCCCUCUCAUCAGUACCUUCGGAUAGAAACGGAUGUUGUCAAUUUGAGGAGCGCCCACAAGGAGGACUCCUUUUCGUUCCCCGUGGUUGUGCGGAAGGGGAGCUACUUCAAAGCGAACGUAGGCUACGACUUUUCGCUAGCCAGCUUCCAAAUGAAGCUCCUGAAAAAGGGCACAACCAUCUCAAGCAGCAGCAAGAUGGAAGUCAGUCUGAAGGAAAACGCCCUGAACACGUUUGAAAAUAUUAGCCUUUACCUGGAGGAGGGAAGCUACACUCUGGAGAUUCGCUCCUACGCGCUCACUGCAAAUUUGGACAUAAAUAAAAACUUCAGCUUUUGCUUCUAUUUCGAGCUCGAGCUUUUCGAGUUUUCCGGCGACAACAAGGGGGACGCGGUUCUGCUGGAUGUCUUUCCGCACAACUCGGUGCCCGUCGAUGGGAGCGGCUCCUUUGGGGUGGACCUCAUUUUCUGGGGAAGAGUACACACGAAGGACAUACACCUGGAGGACGGCCAGAAGACGCCCGUGGAGCCAACCAGCAGAAGAGCAAUCAAUUACGCGAACAUUGAGGUCCAUAAAUUCCUUUUAUCCCCUGAAGAAAUGGCCAAAGUGGAAAAGAAUUUUAUUUUUAAAUUUUCCCCAAGUUGUAAUAUCUAUGUUAAUCAGGAAAAGGAAAAAAAGCUAAAGUUUACCCUCUCGACUGAUGACAGGAGUGCUUCCACCGGAGAAGGCACUAAUGGAGUGGAGCACAGUGCAGCAGUUGUAACGAGCGAACCGAAUGAGCGAAAUGGCCAGGUGCACCCAGAGAGUGUAAAUAAUUCCUUCCUCUUGGAGUAUUCGCAGAAGGAAGUCCCGCCCGACCCUGGCAGAACAAGCUACCUUCAGGGAACUUCCCAAAAGGAGAGCGUGUACGACAUCGACCGUGUCAUUCAGAACUUCCGACUGAAUGAAAAGAAAAGAAGAGACGAAGACGACUCCCGUGUGAGCGAUUCCCCGAAGGGAGAAGCAGACGCGUGUAUCCCGCUGACCAUACUGACCAUCGAAAUUUACUGCUUCGAGAAAAGCUACUUUCCCAUUUUUAUUUUUUUUUUGUGCGUUUGGUUUAUGCUGUGCGCGUUCCUGUUCGUCCUUUUAAAAUUGUACAAAAACUGGAAGUACUACAGGAAUUACGACGUCAUUACGGAGAGUGAGGAGGUGGUCAACCUGUUCGACGACGAUCACAUAUAG